AUUGUUUACAACGUUACGAGAACACAACCACCAGUCACCAACGUUUAAUACCAUAAUACACACAACGAUAACGAUUUAGUAUUAACGAUUACUAUUUACAUGUUACCGGUGGUUUGUGUCAUUUAGUUCAUAUCUUAAAUAUUUUUAACUUAUUAAUACCUUACACCUAUGAUAGUUACUCAGUUAAAGACGUGUAAAUACUAAAUAGUAACUAAGAAGCACAAAAUGUUUUAUCACAUCGCACUAGAACACGACGUACUACUUCAUCCUCGGUACUUUGGUCCACAGUUAUUAGACACAGUUAAACAAAAGUUGUAUCGUGAGGUUGAAGGCACAUGUACUGGAAAGUAUGGAUUUGUUAUUGCUGUAACCCAUAUUGAUAAUAUUGGUUGUGGAUUAAUUUUGCCUGGUCAAGGAUUUGUUGUAUAUACUGUGAAGUAUAAAGCUAUUGUUUUCCGACCCUUUAAAGGUGAAGUUUUGGAAGCUGUAGUUACUCAAUUAAACAAAGUAGGAAUGUUUGCUGAAAUUGGACCACUCUCCUGUUUUAUAUCUCAUCAUUCCAUACCAUCAGAGCUACAAUUUUGUCCAAAUACUUCACCUCCGUGUUACAAAUCAAAAGAAGAAAAUAUAGCAAUACAGCCAGAAGACACAAUAAGAUUAAAAAUUGUUGGAACACGUGUUGAUGCAUCAGGAAUAUUUGCUAUUGGUACAUUGAUGGAUGAUUAUUUAGGAUUAAUUCAUUAAGACAAAGACGUAUCAAAUUAAGUAAUUUUUUUUUAUAUAUUGUAUAUUGUACAUAUUAAUGCAUAAAUAAAAUAAAAAAGUAAAAUGAAAUAAAAUUUUUUGUAUAUAAUAUUAUAUAAUUAA